AUGAGAGGAGGACGGAAAGAGAAGAAGAGAGACGAUGACCUUCUUUUAUUCAAGGAGCUCCGUAAACGUGAAAAAGAUCAUCUCGCAAAUCUCCUCCAUCCCCUCGUUUCUGAGGACUUCGAGCCUAAUACCGCUCGGAGUUAUGCACUCAACAAAAUGAAUAAUGCAUCAAGAUAUGAUUUUUCUGGUGAAAAUCUCGAUAAAAAUGAUUAUGAUUGGUUGAAAACGCCACCGGCAACGCCUCUAUUUCCUUCGCUGGAGAUGGAAGCAGCAAAUGCCCCUCAGCUUGUGCUUCAACGGGAAAUACCUAUUCUACCGCAGCAACCCCUUUCGCGGUUUGCAAUUACUACUAGUACAGAAGCAUUGAAGGGAACAAGUAGCGGUUCAAAAGUAAAACCAGUCACAUCUCAGACCAAACUCAACCUUAAAUCCAACAAUCCAACGCAAAACCAUAAACAACCUCAAAAACUCAAUACUAUCACCUCACAUUCAAAACCUACGCCCACCACAAACCAUCCAGUAAAAUCUACUCCAUCAUUCUCAAAUCCUCCGAGUAAUCUGAGGACUAAUCGUGCAAAUUCUGCUACACGGGCUCGACCUUCUGUAGUACCAACCAAGGUCCCAUCACCACCAAUUCAUAAAAACACGAGCUCACCGAGGACUAAUGGGACUAAUCGUCCAACUUCUGCUCCAGGGCGACCUGCUGUAGUCGUCCCAUCGCCACCAAUUCAUCAGAACACGAGCUCACCGAGGACUAACGCGACUCAACUAUUUGGGAGUAGAAUGGCUGACAAGAUUGUAACGGCUAGAAAAUUAGGAGGUCGUGAUAGAGAACCAAAACCAAAGCCUCUACAUUCAUUACGGUAA